UGUGCUAGAUUAUUGUUAAGUUUAUUGUUUUGAAUAUUUAUUGAUUUAUAAACUUCGUCCUUUUUCUAAUUACUGUCUUACUAUUAUUAUUUUAGCAAUAAUUUAUGACAAAUAAUGGUUAAUAUUUUUAAAAGUACACACCGUUUUAACUUAAUAUGUCUCAGUAAACUUACAAGAUUAUCGAACCGUAUGAAUAGUACUGAAUGCAACUCUAAAAUUUUCGAUAGGCGAAAAAUUAGAAACUUUAGUAUAGUAGCUCAUGUUGAUCAUGGAAAAAGUACUUUAGCUGACAGGUUACUGGAACUAACUGGUGUAAUAAAAGCUAGCACAGAAAAUGCACAAGUACUAGAUCAGUUACAAGUUGAAAAGGAAAGAGGUAUAACAGUUAAAGCUGUUACAGCGUCACUAAAUUAUACAUUUAAGAAUGAAUUAUAUCUCUUAAAUCUUAUAGAUACUCCAGGUCAUGUAGACUUUUCAAAUGAGGUUGUUAGGAGUGUAACAGCAUGUCAAGGAGUAAUUCUCUUAGUGGAUGCAAAUGAAGGUAUUCAGGCGCAAACUGUAGCUGUUCAUUCACUGGCCAAAAGAAAUAACUUAAUUAUAAUCCCUACUCUAAAUAAAGUUGACUUACCUAGAGCUGAUCCUGAUAAUGUCAAGUCUCAGCUUAAUUCUCUUUUUAAUAUUGACCCUGAUACAGUAUUGAGCAUAUCGGCAAAAAAAGGAUGGGGAGUUAAAGAAUUAUUAGAAGCUGUAAUAACUAGAAUACCACCACCAGAUGUAAAUCCCACUGGUUAUUUCAAAGCACAUAUAAUUGACACUUGGCAUGACAAGUAUAGAGGAGUGCUUUGCUUAGCAUACAUUCACUCUGGAACAGUGGAAAUUGGACAAGAAGUCAAAUGGCAAUCAAAUCCUAAACAGCAUACUGUAAAAUAUCUAGCAUUAUUAAGACCAGGAGAAGAACCCAUUAAUAAGGCAACGGCAGGUCAAGUUGUAAUGGUAGGUCUUGGUCCUAAAGGUGGUGGAAGUGUAGGUGACCAUUUAUUAUCUAUUGAAGCAACUGAUAUUGAUCAAACUAAUAAUGCACAACCAAUCAAACAUAUGGUGUAUGCUGGGAUAUUUCCUGCUGACCAAUCUCAGCAUAUUUUUCUCAGUGAUGCCAUUAAAAAAUUAGCUUUAAAUGAUUCUGCUGUUAGUGUAAAUGUUGAUUCAAGUCCAGCUUUAGGCCAGGGAUGGCGUGUGGGCUUCUUGGGUCUAUUGCACCUUGAUGUUUUUACGCAAAGACUCUUACAAGAAUACAAAGCUGAGGCAAUUCUUACAGCUCCAUCAGUGCCAUAUAAAAUUAAGCUAAAAGGAUCAAAAAUCAUUAAACACUACAAAAGCGAAGAGGUCAUCAUAACAAAUCCUUUACAGUUACCAGACUCUAAGCACAUUGAAGAAUAUUAUGAGCCUUUUGUAAUGGGUACAAUAAUAACUCCUGUGGAGUUCAUUGGAGCAGUAACUACUCUGUGUGUAGACAGGCGGGGUACGCCACUCCCUUCUAGUGCAGUAGAUGAAAAAAUGACAAUGAUGCAAUUUAUUCUCCCGCUGUCUGAAGUUGUAAUAGACUUUCAUGAUACACUUAAGAGCAUCACUUCCGGCUUUGCUAGUUUUGAUUAUCAAGAUUAUGGCUUUCAUCCUAGUGCUCUAGUGCGAAUGGACAUUCUUAUCAAUGGGACUUUAGUUGAAGAAUUGUCUACUAUUGUUCACACCUCACGCUUAGAAUACAAUGCUAGAAGACUAACGGAAAAAUUAAAAGAAAUGAUACCACGACAAAUGGUGCAGGUUGCAAUUCAAGCAGUAGUCUCUGGGAAAGUGUAUGCAAGAGAAACACUAAAAGCGUACAGAAAAGAUGUAACUGCUAAAUUGUACGGAGGUGAUGUCACACGCAGGAAAAAGCUGUUAAAACAACAAGCAGAGGGUAAAAAGAAAAUGCGAAGUGUAGCCAACAUCAAAAUACCUAGAAAUACUUUUAUUGAUGUACUCAAAAGAUGAACAUUGUGAUGUAUAGUUAAUAGAGGUUUCUAGUAAUAAAUAUGUUAUUAUAUUUAUUUAAUUAUGUACUAUAAGAUAGAAACUUUGUUAUUCAACCACCACCACAAAUUCUUAUACAACAUGUAACAAAAACCCUGUGUGGUUCCCGUUAAGUGUGUUAUCACAGUCAGUAUUCAAACGCAAAGAAAUAACUUUUUUUUUCAAAAAAACUUGAACAUUAAAAAAAAAAUAUUUUAAUUAAAAGAAUAAUUUGCGAAUUGUAUGUGGUUUUAUUCACUCUGCAUUAUCCGGACAAUAAGAGAAUUGUGAAAGACCCCCCCUUCACCGAUGCUCGUGUCAGUUAGAGGUAACAAAACCACAUACAAAUUGCAAAUAAUUUUUUUAUUAAAAUUAAAUUGUUGAAGUUUUUUGAAAAAAAAAAGUUAUUUCUUUACGUUUGUAUACUGACACUGAUAACGCAUUUAACAGUAACAGGGUUUCUGUUACUCGUUGUAUAUUAUCCUAAAAGUCUUCUACAGUUUUUGUAUGUUGUUUAAAAAAUACAAUCAUGAGCCGCAAAAUUUCGCUGCGGAUAUAGGGCUUUAGGGAGAAUUUUUCGCCACGCUUGGCAGGAUCGCAGUACUAGAUGUCUCACAACUUCGACGCUACACCCCGUCGCCGGUAUGGGUACAACGUAUGUUACAGGGGAUGGUUAUAGUUGUAUCAUCAUCUAUCGGAGGCCAUCAGAUCUUUCAGGCAUAUCUCAUAUGAAAUAUCUUUAUUUCUUCGACGUAUUAAAGUAAAAUUUCGUUUGUCAAACGUCAUUUAUUAAGUCUUAUAUUAGUGUUUUGAAAUAAGUAACUAUGACCGGAGAAGAAACUGCGAUAGAAAUUCCACAGCAAUGUUCUUUUUAUAGAAAAUAAUCGAAAUUAAGUUGACAAAGAUGUCUAAUUUAGAUUAUCAUUAUAUUGAUAUAUACAU